ACAAUUUGCAACUGAAUUUCAUAAAAUUAUUAGAAAAAAGGAUUUGGAGUUAGAUAUGUUGUGCAUGAAAGAAGCUCGGUGCUGUUAUAGAAAUUUUCCGGAGCUUGACAAAAUACUUUUGCCUCUUCCUAUUGAUCCUUUAUUGGACCCUAGCCUUGCAUUAAAUCAUUAUGCAUUUACCCUCAUUUAAUCACCAAACUUGGAAACUAAUUUAGUCGUGAGUUUACCUAUACACUCUCCAUUGUCCGAUCAGCCUUCAACUCUUUAUGCCAUCAAAUUUAUUACCCUUUCCUUUAUAGCACACCAAAGUGGUUUUCGCUCCGACAUUUUGCCGGCUCUCCUCUCCAAUCCGAAUUUCUUUAGGAAAUCUCGGUCACACUAUGACUCUCCAACCCGGUUUCCUUUGGAAAUCCGUUCUCUGUUUCUUUUUUCUCGGAAAUUUUGGUGACAAUAUGCCUCUCCAACUCGAUUUUUUUCGGAAAUCUCGGUCCCCGAUUUUUUUUGGAAAUCCAUUGUUUGGGGGAAAUUUUAGUCAGACCAUGACUCUCCAGUAAUCCUGGCUGGAUUCCAAUAAUCUCGAGACCUGCUCGAGUUGGUAAGAUCGUCCGAGGGCGAAUUUUAUUUUUGGUAAGAAGUGAUUCAAGUGAAUGCCUUUUUAAACUUGUAAAAAUACAGAGUGCGAAGUUUAUCGAAGCAACUGCUGAUUGCACCGGCUUGGGAACAAGGAAGCGUAUGUUCCUCUGAGGACCAUCACAUUGCAGAACAGUCUAAGGGCUUCAUGGCAGUCUCAGAUCCAGAACGCAUUUCAAGUGAUAUUAUUCUUAUUAAACGGGUUCAGCAUAUGAUCGAAUCAUGUUUGCAACGUUAUAUGAAUAAAGAGGAGGUGGUAAAGGAGCUUAAGGAGAAAGCCCUUAUAGAACCUUGGCUUGUAGAUCUGUUGUGGAGGGGGCUAGAAAAGGAAAAUCCUGAGUUUUUCAGUGGGUACCAUGUGAGACUAAUGCUGAUAAAACAAAUCACCAUGUUCAAUCAAUUGCUUGAGCGCCAAUGCUAUCUAAUGGAGCAAUCUCAUCAGGAAGAGCAUCAGGACAACAAUCAUCAUACCACAGGUUCCCAAGUUGUCCAUGAAGUGAUGCCACCAAGAAGUUCCCAGUACAACUUGAUGAACUCUUUAGAUGGGAUUGACAAGAACAAUGCAGUGAAUUCUCAAACUGAAGGUUUUCCGAACAUGUCAUCUUCUGUGUCGGAGAUGUGUGCAGGUUUAUCAUCCAUGGCCUCCAGCAGUCACUUCCCCUUGCAUCCAAAUAGUUCAGCUGAAGAGGUGUCGCAGAACAGAGAAGGUUCUGAAUUGGAGCCUCCAAGAAGAGAUAUCUAACGUCGCAGAAGGGCUACGUUUUAGUUUAAGUUUCUAGGAUCUAGUAGCAAACUUUGACGGGCAAUUGACUUUCCAAGAUUGAUCACUUCAAUUCUCUCUUUUCUUAUUAAUGAAAUGGAUUUUGAUCAGUUUUAAAUUUCUAUGUACUGAAAAGCUUUUCUACGUCAGUAAUAUUUUUUUUGGCCGUUA